CGAAAUUUUAUUUGGGUUAUGGGUGGGGUUUUGUUUUCCCUCCUGUGACUUAUCACCUGUUCCGGUUGAAAGAUUCCCUUGACGUGACGCGCAUUUUCUCAAACAAUAAUAUAUCUCUAAUCUUAUUAUUAUUAGACUACUAUUAUUUUCAAACAAAUCAUACACUCCUAUUUCCACUACAAUUCCACCUCUCCCUUUUUUUUCUUUUUAUUUCUCAACAUUUAUUUUAUUAGUAUUUCUUUGUGGAAUAUUAGCAUUUUCUUUUCCUCUUUGUUUCUGGAUUAUAUUUGGGUUAACUCGCUUCUUGUAUGUGUUUUAAUUUAUUCAUUAUAUUUUUUUUCUUGGACCAAGAGAGAAUAAUUCCUCAUUCUCUCUCAUCCUGCUGUGGGCUGCUCUGCUCUUUCUGAGUUGUUCAUGUUCAUCUAUUUUUCCCCCCUUUUAACAGAAAUCAUAUGGUGAUGAUCAUCAACCAUAAAGAUUGAUUCUUUUUUUCUUUUCGGGUCAGCGACAAUCACGGGUCAAAUUUAUAAACAUGGGAACAACCCAUUCCACACAUACCACUACAUCAUCAUCUAUUGAGUCUUCCUUUCAGAAUUUGUCAUUAAACUGCGGCACCGGUGACAUUAUCACCGGCGGCGGCGGAGGGAAUUACCAGUCAAUCAUCACAUCAGAAUCUGUGGGGAGCAAUUUUGGAAAUCAUGAAUCCUCUCCAAACCAAUCCUUAGAACUCAAUUCUCAUAUCCGAAUGCCUUACCCAUGGGAACAAUGCCUCGAUGUGCAAACUGGGGAAGUAUACUACAUUAACUGGAAGACCGGGGUGAAAACCAAAGAAGAUCCGAGAAAGAUGUCGUUUUUCCGGCGAGAAGAAAGCGAAGAAGAAUCCUCCGAACUGGACCUCGACGAUGUCCUCAGCUUAGAUAGUUUAGAGAUUGACCAGGCCAUGCAACAGCAGCUGGAGGAGGAGGAGGAAGGAGACUCCUCUGUUUCAUCCACCACCACCAUUAAUACAGUUGUAGAGGAAUUCGCCGCCAGCGCCGCCGCCGGAGUUUCACCGGCGGGAUGCCGUCCCACAUACCUUCAUCCAUUUUGGGAAGGAGGGGAGGUUGAAUUGGAGAACCCAGGAAGCAGCAUCAUCAACCCAUAUAAUAAUAAUAAUAUUGAUGAUUGCAUCAAUCAGAGGAGCCAAGAAGUGUUGGUGCUGGCCGGAUGCAAAUGGUGUUACCUCUAUUUCAUGGUGCCUAAACAGGUGGAAGAAUGCCCCAAAUGCUCCGGCCAACUUCUCCGUUUUGAUCCUUUGGACGGGCAUUCAAUCAAUUAAUUAAUAGUGAGAUUAGUAUUAUAUAUUAUUCUUAUUAAUUCCCUUAAUCCUAGUUUAGUUAGUUCUUUUUGUAUGAGUAAUGUAAUUGUCUUGGUAUCAUUCUUUUUCUUCUUCUUCUUCUUCUUUAUGUCAUCAAUUUUGUUUUAUUGUUGAGUAGGAAACAUUUGGUAACCAUUUUCAUCAUAAGGAUUUGGAUGUCAAAUUUUUUCUGGAAUUCAUUAGUGCACAACUUCUCAUUUGUAAAGUUAAUUGGAUAACUUUUUUAUUCCCAC